UUCAGCGAUCGCGGAAUGGGACGCAGGUGGACGCGGCGCGGCGCUGGCCUGGAGCCCAGGGGGCCGCGCGGGCGGGAAGGAAACUACAAGUCCCAGCGCGCGGCCACCUUGAGCCGUCGCGCGGUGGCGCCGAUUGGCCCCGCCCAGCGGGCGGCGCGGUCCCGGCCCAAGUCCAGGCUCAGUCCCGUCGGUGCCGGUGGCCGGGCGGCGGAACCGGGGCGCGCGGGAGCCGGCGGCAUGGAGCCCCGCACCGCGGACGGCUGCUUCCUGGGCGACGUGGGCUUCUGGGUGGAGCGCACCCCCGUGCACGAGGCGGCCCAGCGGGGGGAGACGCGGCAGCUGCAGCAGCUGAUUGAGAGCGGCGCCUGCGUCAACCAGGUCACCGUGGACUCCAUCACGCCCCUGCACGCGGCCAGCCUGCAGGGCCAGGCGCAGUGCGUGCAGCUGCUGCUGGCUGCCGGGGCCCAGGUGGAUGCCCGCAACAUUGACGGGAGCACCCCGCUCUGUGACGCCUGCGCCUCAGGCAGCGUGGAGUGCGUGAAACUGCUGCUCUCCUACGGGGCCAAGGUCAACCCGCCCCUCUACACGGCGUCCCCGCUACACGAGGCCUGCAUGAGCGGAAGUUCUGAGUGUGUGAGGCUUCUUAUCGACGUUGGGGCCAAUCUGGAAGCGCACGACUGCCACUUCGGGACCCCGCUGCACGUCGCCUGCGCCCGCGAGCAUCUGGACUGCGUCAAAGUGCUUCUCAACGCAGGGGCCAACGUGAACGCGGCCAAGCUCCACGAGACGGCGCUGCACCACGCGGCCAAGGUGAAGAACGUGGACCUGAUCGAGAUGCUCGUCCAGUUCGGGGGCGACAUCUACGCGCGGGACAACCGGGGGCGGAAGCCGUCCGACUACGCGCGGAGCAGCAGCGCCCCCGCCAGGUGCCUGGAGCACUACGAGAAGACACCUCUGACCCUGUCCCAGCUCUGCAGGGUGAGCCUGCGGAGGGCCACCGGCGUCCGAGGCCUGGAGAAAAUCGCCAAGCUGAACAUCCCUGCCCGGCUCAUUGAGUACCUCUCCUACAACUGAGCUGCCGACACGGCCUCAGGGCCGGCGGGGGACUCCUGGCUGCUGGCCUUGCUGGGCCCAGCGACAGGGGGCUCUGCCCUGGCUGCCCGAGCCGUGCCACUGGUGGAGAGAACAGCGUGCCCGACCGCCCUGUCUGGUCUUCUCUCAGACGCGGAGGAAGCUCCCGAGGCCUUGGGAAGCCCUGGACCUCAGUCUAACUCUGCCAUUGUCCCCCGUCGUGCACACACCUUCCUCAGAGACUCAGGAGCACAGGGCAAUGCCGGGCAGGGCCGGGCCGGGCUGGGGUUCCACGGCCCUGACACUAAUUCCACACGCCCAGGAACCACCCCCCCAAUCCUUCAGCACCAGGCGCCCCUGGAGUUCAAAGGGAGGAGGCUGGGUUGCAGGGGUGGGUCCUGGGGCGGGGGGGUGGGGGUGGGGGGAGGUCCUGACCCUGUGGCCAGGACACUGCUUGGGGACAGCCUGCCACGUGGAGGCCGUUUUCCGGAGCCAUGGUCAGCCCUUCCCGAGGCCCCCUGCGCCCAGGUAUAGCUGUCGCUCAGGGCUUUAUAGGGUCUUAGUCAGGAAGCCUCAGGCUUUUUAUUCCCCACGACAAGCACCAUGUUUCUUAAGAAGUUUUCCUCCAGUUGGAGGUCUCGACUCUUCAAAGUUUAUGUCGGGGACAGAAACUCUUAGAGGACACACAGCUGUAACACUUAGAUUCUGUUAACGCAUCUUUAAAGCAACGGUAACACGUAGGUGUCCGACGGGUAGCGCUGUAGGACACUCUUCAGAGACCAUUUCUCGUCCUUUUCUACAGUUGCCAAAUGAAUCCUUCUCCCACCGUUGAUUUUGCUAAUUCCUUGAAGCUCUGAAAUUGGCAGCCAGGCCGCCGGCACCUGGUGGCGUCUGUCAACCGUGGCUUCGUGCAUUUGGCAGAUGCGUGAGGAGCCCCGAUGACGCUUCGAGCAGGUCUCAGCGCUUUGAACCGGCGAGGAGCCAGACACGCCGUCCAGACAGAGGAAGCGGAUGCUGCCGUCUGUCCCUGUAGUGACAGAAACGCGUCGCUCCACCUUACAAGCCAUGAAACUACGUGCCAUGUUCAGAUGGCACCUGUCUGCCCAAGAUUCUGCACUGUCAUUUAAAGAACAAAACCCCAAACCCGGGCGUUAAACUAGAGGGCAUUUAUACAAGUAGCUGAGGUGUGUUUGGUGUCGGGGCAGAUGGAGGCGGUGCCUUUGUGAACGUUAGAGUGGGUCGUGCCUAAAGCCAGCGUCCCCAGAAAUGUCCCUCCCCAGCUUCCCCCAGGGAGUGUGGCGAAGAGAAUGGGCCAGGGUAAUGCCAGCUGUGCUCCCCGCCAGAGGUGGCUCCUGGCAGGGCCCCUUGGGUGGAAAGUCCCAUGCUGGUGGCCGUGGGUGUUUUCCAGCUUUGCUGUCCUGAGCGUUGUCACGGGGCAGCUAAGCUGUGCGUGGAGAUAAGAGCCACUCCCAUUCGGCUGCAGCUGUAGAUGCACGUUCUAGAUCAAUCAGCGUAUCUGCAUGUGCCAGUAACAAUGGAAACACAAGCAUCGGGUUCUGCCCAGUGUGUCUGUAACAGGAACUUGCUUCUUCGCCAUGAAAGCUGCUGACUUUUCUGCAUGUGGAGCGUCCAGGGGAGAAUCUGGCCCCCACACCCACGGCUCAAUAAAAGGUGUUGAUGAGAAGUC